AUGCAAAUCGCUGGACGUGCGCGCCAUGGGGCCAUCGCUGCUGGCCUGGAUCGACUGAGCGAGAGUUCGGGGUCCAAGGCAUCUGAGACGCUGAUGAUGCAGCCGACUUCUGUUGUUCCGCCGGAAGGCUCUCUUGAGCAGACGGCCGAGAUGCUGGACCCCCUACUGGAGGUCAUUGUCGAGCUCCUGGGCCUUGCGGGCCUGCGUGGCUUUCUACCAGUCUGCUUGCGUUGGUUCACGGUGACCGUUUGUCAUCCGCUGUUCAUCCGAAUGCCGUUCGAAAAAUGUCAGCAAAGCACCAUGCUGAUUCUGACGGACCUUAUGGCACAGGCCAAUGAGCCCCCAGCUUCCUUGUUGGAGGAUCCGGCGGCUGCGUUCGAGCACGCCGAGGUGGAGCUGCAACUCACGGAGUUCUUCGCCUCGCCUCCGUCCUCGCUCUCGCUGGUUUACCUCCGGUACGUACGUCGCCUCACCUUCCUCUUCCGAUGGAUCCACGUCUCAGCUGAGUGUCAACUAGGUGCCCUUCCCGAAGCGCGAUAUGGUCACGUCUUGUCUGCCAUUGAGGAGGUGAGGCAAAGGGCCUCGGACAUGGCCUGCGCGGGGCAGCAGCUUCUCUCGCAGAUGCCGGACGCCGGCCUCCCCAGCCGAUGGGGAGAGUGGCUUGAACUCGUGCUUGAGGCGCGAGGGCUUCCGCAGAGCCACUGCCAGCAGUUCUCCUGCCAGCGCAGGAGGGUCUCAACGAUCUGGAGCAACAUCCUGCAGAUGCUGGAAGCUACCGUUCGACAACUUGAGGACAUCGCAAGUCUGGCCAAGCAGCUGGAGAAGUUUGUCCAAGACCCUGAGGCGGAGGUCCGGCCCCACUUGGCCAACAUCGCCCAGCUUCCCGGCCCCGGAGCUUCGAUGUGCCGCCUCAGCCUCGACCUCUCCGGCUGCCCUGGAGGCUGGUGA